AUGCUCGGAAAAUUAGGCCUAACCAAUAUUCGCUUUUCUUUAAAAAAAAGCAGCCGCUUGGAAAUUAAUAAAAACAAGAAUAAUCCCCCUCCCAAUCCCAGAGCAAACUUCUCAGGAAAAAAAAAUAGUUCUAAUUCAUUAAAUAAUAAAAGCCAGUUAAAUAAAACAUCUCUACUACAAGAAUGGCAAGAAAAAAAAAUAUUUGAGUUAGGAGUUCAUACCAAAUUUAGCACCCUGGAUGGCAUAAGUAGCCCGGCCGAUUAUGUGGCAAGUGCUCGGCACAAGAAUUAUGCGGCCCUGGCGGUAACUGACCAUUAUACUGUGCAAUCUUUUCCCGAGUUUAGUAAGCACCAAAAGGAUGAUUUGAAAAUUAUUUAUGGUUGUGAAUUGGAAAUGCUAGAAGAUAAUUUACCUCCUUACAUUUUUAACCAUUCUGAGCAAAUUUUAGUCGAAAAAAUAACCGAUUUGACUUAUUGCCUGUUCGAUUUAGAAACCACGGGAUUUUUUUCCGAAUAUAACGAAAUAAUUGAAAUAGGAUAUGCGAUUUAUCAAAAAGGAGAGAUUAUUCGCCAGGGAGAAUAUUUAAUUUGUCCGCAAAAAGAAAUCGCACCCGAACACUUGGGUCAAGAAUUGCCCCAUCCGGUUCUCGAUACUUUACCUUUAUCCUGGAUAUUAUUACCCGAACGUAAAUCAUAUAGUUUGGAAAAAUUGAGUCGUAUUCCGGGGCGGGGGAAAAUCACCCAAACUCACCGCGCUCUGGAUGAUAGUAAAUUAUUAGCCGAAUUAUUAGGGAAGACCGCCCAAGAACUGAAUAUUCCUACUAUUGCUGCUCAUAAUGUUCAUUACUGUGAAAACAAAGAAAAACUGCUCAAAGAAAUUAUUGUCGCCAACGAAGGAAUUAACGGCAGUCGCCACCCUUUAUACAGUGUGGCAACUUUGGAAGCCAAAGAGGACCGCUUUGCUCAUUUACCCCCGCAACACCUACUCAAUUUAGAGGAAAUAUUAACUAGUUGGCUUUUUCUUAAUGAUAAAAAUUUAAUCGCGCAACUUAUUUUCCACUAUCCCCAAGCCCUAGUAAAUAAAAUAAAAGAAGUUACUAUUCAGCCGCCACCGCUCAAUUACUCGGCUACCGAAAGCACCCAGGAAGAAGAGCAGGAAUUAGUAGCUACUUAUACCGAGCGGACUACGGAGAUAUUUGGUCAGCAAUGA